GCUUCUUGCCGCCUGCCGGACUUGCCAAUUGCCACUGUGGCACCCGGGCACCGUAUCAUAGAUAAUAACAUAUUAUAAAAGCACCGUAUUAACGUAAAGAUAAAUCACAUAAAGAUACAUUUUUUGGAAUCGGGAACAUGACGAGGUUUGCCAGAGCUCGAGGCUCUAAAUCAUCUAACCAAAAAAUACCGGAGGAAGCAACACCAUGGUUGGAAAUGAAAGAAAAGCCACAGCAAACCGGAGACGACGAGUCCACGACAAACGCGGUGGAAGUGUCGGAGGAGAAUCGCAGUAGCAAGUACGACUCGUAUUCGAACGUGGAUAAAUUUGACGGGUUCAGCGUGUUGAAAGAGGACGCGGUGAAACUGCGAGUGGAAAAAUUCAAAUUAAUUAAACAAGGUGUGCCUAGACAUCAGCUGAAAGCACAGUUGAUGCCAAUGCGUCGACGUGCUGAGAAGAAACUCUCUAGGCUCAGACAAAAAGCAUGUUUUCAUUGCCGACAACCUGGUCAUAUGCUGAACCAAUGCCCGGAGUUGGGUACCAACACAGCAUUGGGAGUGUGCUUUAAGUGUGGAUCGACAGAACACAAAUUACAUGAAUGUCGUAAUGCAGGAAACAAUGAUCAACUUGAUUUUGCCAAAUGUUUCAUAUGCAAUGAAGAAGGACAUCUUUCACGCCAAUGUCCAGAUAACCCUAUGGGAUUAUAUCCAAAUGGAGGGGCUUGCCGAUCUUGUGGAGAUGUUACCCAUUUUGCCAAAGAUUGUCCAGAAAAACAAAAGAGAAAAAGAGAAGAAGAUGAUCUACCAACAGUUGGAAUAAUGGAUAAUCGAGCAAUUGAAGAAUUAGAUGAUGAAAGAAGCCACAAAAAACACAAACAAUAUAAUUUAAAAACAUUUAACAAAAAAAAAAAAGUCAUAAUGAUGAAGUAAACAUAUUUUAACUACCUAUUAUUCUAAUAAUAAACAUUUAAAAAAUAAAUUUUGUAUUUAUAAUUUUUUAUAGAAUAUGAUGUAAUUAAGGGGCCCAGUGCCAGUCUUUAAAAUUUUUUGCAAUUCUAUAAAAUUUGAAAAUUCACUUUUAUAUUUUAGUUUCCACCUAUUUCAUUAUAAUACUUUUCCACUCAUCUAUUACCCGACAAUUUAGGAGGAAUCUAUAGGGUGUUUUAUAAAGAAAAAAAUAAAUUCACAGGAAUGAUUAUCAGUCCUUGUAAAAUUGUCA